UCUUCCAUUCACUCACACACUCACUCACUCACUCACUGAUUCUCAUAACACAAAACAUGGUGAUGAUCACGAUGAUGAUCACGAAGAUGAAGAAGAAACACCCUCUCCUCUCUCUCUCACUUCUCCUAACGCUUCUCUGCUACACCACCACCGUUUCAGCUCAAACCCCAGCACCAGCACCAUCCUCAUCCCCGACAGACAUCAUCAGAAUCCUCAAAAAAGCAGGAGGCUUCACCACUCUAAUCCGUCUUCUCACCACAACGCAGGUCUCAACCCAGAUCAACGCCCAACUCCUCAACUCAAACAACGGUUUAACACUGUUUGCACCCAACGACAACUCCUUCCAAAGCCUCAAACCUGGCUUCCUCAACUCCCUCAACGACCAGCAGAAGAACGAGCUCAUCCAAUUCCACGUGCUUCCCACUUUUGUUUCCAUCUCAAACUUCGACACUCUGAGCAACCCCGUCAGAACACAGGCCGGUGAUGACCCUGAUAGGUUGGCCUUGAACAUCACCAGCUCCGGGAACCAAGUGAACUUGACAACGGGUGUUGUUAACGCCACUGUUGGUGGCAGUGUCUACUCUGAUCACCAGCUUGCGAUUUAUCAAGUCGACAAGGUUCUUCUUCCCAGGGACUUCUUCGUUCCCAAGCCUCCACCACCUGCUCCUGCACCUGCAAAGGCUAAGGCUUCUUCUGCUAAGACUUCUUCUGCAGAUGGUCCUGCUUCUGCUGAUACCCACUCUUCUGCUAUCAGUUUCAAACUCAAAAUGUGGGUGUCUCUUGCAGUUGCAGUUGCAGCUGGAGUAUUCUCGUUGUGACCGUGACACCUUCAUGAACCACGUUACUUGGGUCCAAUGUUGUUGUGCUUUUUGUUCAUUUCCACCUGCUUUUUUGUGAUUGGUUGGAUUCAUGGGGAAUCGUGAACUUUUUGUAGCACUUUUCGAUGAUUUUCUUCUUUUUCAUUUUUGUUUUUGUAUUCGGUCCUGGUGAAAUAUGUAUUCGAUUUUGAAGGUAUUUCUUUCUCUUUUUA